UGAUGGUUUUGAGUAAUAAAGAUCGAAAAAUUUUCACUCCAUUGAGAAAAUCUCUCUUAAUCUUGUGUAUCUUCAAGAAAUUUUUGGAGUGAUUGAGAAUUUUAUUUUAUUGCAAUGGAGACAGGUUCCUUAUCUGAAAAGUCACUUACGCUUCCAUAUAACUGCUUCGCAAAGAAAAAGGAUUUGUAUCAGCAAAAUCCAUGGAUUGCUUCAAGAAAGAGAAUGCCAGUAGUGGCAGAAUACCCUACACCUGGCCCGAAUGCCAUGCCAAUGCCAUCAUAUUUAGGAACUCAAGUGAUGAAUUCAUCAAUUACCCAUCGACCAGCAUGGAGCCUGUAUCCUAGGACCGAACAAAGGAAAGCAUAUUAUCCAGCUGGACCUGCUUCUUAUAACACGAGAAACCUGAAGUCACAGGGUGGGAAAGCUUCAGCACCAGCUUACACCAUGAGAAUCAAACCAGGAAUACGCUCACUGCAAGAACUGCCAGGACCAGCAUCAUACAAGGUGAAAGCAAGGCGCAUAUUACCAAAGGCACCUGCCUUUUCAUUCCGGAUAAAGCCAGUGCCAUCCUCUUCAUCCCAAACGCCAGGGCCAAAUGAGUACUCCCUUCCCACAAUAUUGGGACACCACAAGACACCCCCAGCUCAUGUUCUAGGGUAUAGAUUGUAUGACAAAGAUACUUUUGUAACACCUGGACCAGGGGCAUACGCACAUGAUAAUUUUUCAAGAGUUCUUCAACAUGCUCCUGAGUUUUCUAUUCGAGAAAAAUUAACAGAGAAAACAGACAAGGGCACUCCAGGUCCUGGUGCUUACUGCCAUGAGAAAGUGAUCCAGCAUCUUCCCAUGGCCCCAAGGUCAACUUUUGGGAUUAAGCAUAGUCCAUUUACUGGAGUUUGGAAUCCACGAAUAGUUGGGCCACGCCAUUGUUAGAAGGACAAACAAAAUCUCCUC